AAUUACAGUUUUUUUUAAUUGGUUUGGCGCAGUUUUCACAAGCAAUUGGUACAUUUUCAAAACUCUCCGUACUUAUAUCACAACAGAUCAUCAAAAGUGCACCUUUUUCAAACAUUUCAGCAUAUUUCCAAUUGUGUUAGUACAAUACACAUAAUGACAAAAUAUCCCUUUCACUACACAAAAUAAGUGUUUCAUCUAAAUAAAUGUUUCGUUCACAGUUACUGCCUUUCAUAAUGUUAUCACUAUAAAAUUUUUGAUUUGCAUCUCUUAUCAUUCAGUUUAAUACAUUUGUCUGUCAUUCAAUUCAACUGAUCUUAAUGUUUAAUCAAUGAAUCAUUCAUUAUGUCCAUGGAUUUUCAAUUUGACUGAUUGUUGUCUGUCAUUUGUAAGUUACACAUUGCUGCAAGAGCUUUCAAUCUAGAAAUACUAAUUGCUAAUUGUUUCCCCCUGAUGAUCACAAUUAGUUACCAUAUAAGUAGAACUGUGUUUGAGACUUUGCACUGUUCAAAUAUGGAGCAGGAUAGACUUGUAGGGAGAGGAAACCUUCAUCGGAGAGGUGGUGGUGGUGCUCCUCGACAGAGAGGUGGGCACAGACAAAGAAAGAGGUGGUGGUGCUCCUCGACAGAGAGGUGGUCUUCAGAGAAAUGUAGGCAGAAGACAACGCACCAUCAUCUCUAAUGAAGUCCGGGCCAUCAUUGUUGACCAUGUGGUUAACAGAGGCUUUACCAUGGCUGAGGCUGCCAGGUUGGUACAGCCUAAUUUACAAAGGUCAACUGUCAGCUCUAUCAUCCAAACUUUUUGCCAAGAAAACCGAAUUAACAGGAGACAACCUGGUGGUGGUCGCCCACGUGUUUUGACUGACCAGCAGGAGUUGGCUGUGGUGGAAAUGGUCAGGGCAAGGAAUGACAUACGGCUGUCUGAAAUCAAACAGGCUAUUGAGAACCGCAAUGACACCUUUGCCAAUGUGCCAUCAAUUAGCCUUCCAACAAUUGCCCGGCUUUUGAAGAAGCACCAGCUUUCCAUGAAACAAAUUUACUUGGUUCCUUUUGAGAGGACCAAUGUCUGGGUGAAACAACUGCGUUCAGAAUAUAUUCAGAGGGUGAUGGAGCUGGACGCUGCUGUGAAUCAUCACAAGUAUAUUUUCGUUGAUGAGGCCGGUUUCAAUCUGGCAAAAACUAGACGCAGAGGACGUAACCUUAUUGGACAAAGGGCUACCAUCCAAGUCCCUGGACAACGUGGGGGAAACAUCUCAAUGUGUGCAGCUAUAUCUGAAGAUGGUGUGGUAGGCUGUAGACCAUACAACACUGAACACCUGAUAGUGUUUUUUUUUUUUUUUUUUUUUUGUUGUUUUUUUUUUUUUUUUUUUUUUUUAAAUGAACUGGAGCAGGCCUGUCAGGGAGAAGACAUCGUCUAUGUUGUUGUGUGGGACAAUGUCAGCUUCCACCAUGCACAGCUGGUUCAGGAAUGGUUUCAAACACAUCCUCGCUUCAUGACCCUCUAUCUUCCACCAUAUUCCCCUUUCCUCAACCCAAUUGAGGAAUUCUUCUCUACAUGGAGGUGGAAGGUGUAUGAUCGCCAUCCCCAUGAGCAUGUCUCCCUUCUUCAAGCCAUGUGUGAAGCUUGUGGUGAUAUAACUGCUGAGCAAUGUCAAGCCUGGAUUCGUCAUGCCAGGAGAUUUUUCCCACGGUGCCUGAACAACGAAGACAUCCACUGUGAUGUUGAUGAAAAUUUAUGGCCCAAUGUUAAUGACCGGCUUGAUUAAUUGUGUAAAAGUGAUAAGAAUAAAAUAACAUAAAAAUAUAUUUUGCUUAUGUAAAUGACUUGUUUUUUUUUUUCUCCCUUUUUCGUGUGUGUGUGUAUGUGUGUGGUUUUUUUUAUGUCUGAACAUUAAGUGUAAUAUUUGCUGUGUACAGUUUUACAGUUCAGUUACACUCAUUCAUCACCAAGGACAAUUUGAAUCGCUUACCUUGUAUUAUUUGCUCCUGAAUGAAAUGAUUGGUAAAAGUACUAAGUUGAAAAAAGAGCUUACUGUUUUGUUUGGGUGAUUAAAGCAAAUGUUCUCAAAAUAUAUCAGUGAUCAUGUGUUCUGAUACAAUGAUUACGUGGAAUGUAAAUAUGUGCAAAUGCAAUGAAAUCAUGACCUCAGAUUUAAAAGAAUGACUAGUGGUGUUACAAAUGUGAUCAAAUGUGAGUUUUGUACUGAGAGAUUUGAAAAUGCACACUUUAGUUAUGAAAAUAGUGCCAAACCAAUUUUAAAAAACUGUAGUAGAUAUU